UCUUCUCUUAUGCAUCCAUUAUUUUCUCUCUCUUACCCAUUUCUCUCUCACUUCUCAUCAUAUCAAUAAAAACCUCACCAAUAUAUCACUUCUUUUUGUGCUCUUUCUUUCUCCCUCUCUAGAUCUUUUUUUUUUUGGGGGGGGUUUCAUCAUUGUGAGAAAUUUAGUAAUUAUUAAGAGUGAAAAAAAUGGGAAGAAAGUGCUCACAUUGUGGAAAUAUAGGUCACAAUUCAAGGACUUGCACAAACAUUAGAGGCUCAAUAACACCUAAUUUCAAUGUUGGUAAUUAUGGUCUAAUUAGGCUUUUUGGAGUUCAUCUAAUCGAUUCCUCUUUGUCAUCGCCGUCGUCUUCUUCUUCUUCAACUACUUCUUCUUCAAGUGCUUCUGCUUUUGCCAUUAAAAAAAGCUUUAGUACUGAUUGCUUGUCGUCGUCUUCUUCUAAUUUCUCUUCUUCUCGAACUCAAAUCGAAAAUAAUAGUAAUAAUAAUAAUAAUAAUCUUGAACAUUAUUCUAAAUCGUCUAAUGGCUAUCUCUCUGAUGGCCUUCUCAAUGGAGACCAAGAAAGGAAGAAAGGGGUUCCAUGGACAGAAGAGGAGCAUAGAAAAUUUCUAAUUGGGCUUGAAAAGCUUGGAAGAGGAGAUUGGAGAGGGAUUUCAAGAAAUUAUGUGACCACGAAAACUCCAACACAAGUUGCUAGUCAUGCUCAAAAGUAUUUUCUUAGACAAUCUACUCUCAACAAAAAGAAUAGGCGCUCAAGCCUCUUUGACAUGGUUGGGACAGCAUAUGAAACAACAACCACAGCACUGUCUCAAUGUUUGAAGAUAACUUCAAAUUCUGAAGAUGAUAUGAUUGAUGAAGAUGAUGAUCAUUACAAUAACAACAAGAAGGAGCUGAUGAGUAAUAUUACAACUACUUUUGCAAGUUCUUCCCAACAAUUACCUUACAAUAUGGAAGUAAUUAACAACAAUAAUAAUCAAAUUUCUUCUUCUUCUUCUUCACUUUGGGUUUAUGGUUUGAUUGAUUCACACCUCAAAUUUCCUCAUAAUAAUUCCAAUUCUACCCCUCCAAGACAUCCCAUUAUUUCUUCUUCUUCUUCUUUUUCUUCUUCUUCUUCUUCACUUUGGGUUUAUGGUUUGAUUGAUUCACACCUCAAAUUUCCUCAUAAUAAUUCCAAUUCUACCCCUCCAAGACAUCCCAUUAUUUCUUCUUCUUCUUCUUUUUCUUCUUCUUCUUCUUCAGUUGGACCUGAUCUUGAGCUCACUUUGGCUUCUCCAAUGGCUUCCAAUUUAGAAUUGGAACAAAACAAAAAGCCACCAACUAUUAGUGUUACCUGAAUUAAUUUAUAUCAAUCUCCAUCCCCAAAUUGAAUAUAUAUUCCCCAUCCCUUUUUCCUUGCAAGAAAAAUAAACAAAAAGACAUCAUUAUUGUUGAUGAAUUACAAGUUUUUCCUUUUGGUUACAAAUUUAUAUGUUAUUUGUCUUUAUGGAUGAUAGCUCAAUGUUACAAUCAAGUUUAUGUGUAAGAAUAAUAACUAUGUAAUGGAAUAUCAAUUAGAAGUUGCCUUUUUUUUUAA